UUUACACAGGGCGUCAUUUGAUUUGAUUGGAUUUUCCUGCUGCAGCGGCGGAAAGCCUAUAAAACUUGCUAGUUUUCCAGCCUCUCCGCGCCAUCUCCAUGGCAAAAUCGGAGAACGUUAGGCUGAAUCUACCGCGGGCUCCUUCGAGUAAUAGUCGUCCGGGAGCUCUCCUCGCCGACGUCGACCCCGACACCAACUCCGCAUCUCUGGAGAAAUUCCGCCUGUACGAGACCCGAGCCAGGUUCUACCUCGUAGGCAGCGUCCGCGUACUCAAGAUCGACCGCUCGGAGCGCUCCGAUCUCAAUCUCAGCGAGGACCCCGUGGUUUACUCGCAGCAGGAGGUGAAUAAUCUACUCCAGCGCAUUAGUGAGGGAAAUCGGUCCACGGGAGGGCUUACCUUCGUCGCAAAGGUCUACGGCAUCGUAGGCUGCACCAAAUUUCUGGAAUCCUACUAUCUAAUUUUGGUCACCAAGCGCCGGCAGAUAGGGGCAAUAUGUGGCCAUGCUGUCUAUUGCAUUGAAGAGACUCAGCUGAUAACUGUUCCGCACUCGUCAUUCCAGACGGAUGUUGCCCAUUCCAAGACAGAGCUUAGGUACAAGAAGCUGUUAUCUAGUUUUGACCUCACAAAGGAUUUCUUCUAUAGCUACACCUAUCCUAUCAUGCGAAGUUUGCAGAAGAAUGUGCUUGCUUCUGGCGAUGAAAAAAUGCCAUAUGAAAACAUGUUUGUUUGGAACACAUUCCUUACACAAGCAAUUCGAUCAAGGUGCAACAAUACCAUGUGGACAAUUGCUUUGGUUCACGGGCACUUCAAACUGGUGAGAUUAUCUAUUUUUUGGCGGGAAUUCAGUGUUGCUUUAAUAUCUAGACGGUCUCGUCAUUUUGCAGGGACACGUUAUUUGAAAAGGGGAGUAAAUGAUAAAGGCAGAGUUGCAAAUGAUGUUGAAACUGAGCAAAUUGUCCUUGACGAGGAAGCUGGUUGUUGCAAGGGAAAAAUGAGUUCGGUUGUACAGAUGAGAGGUUCAAUCCCCCUUUUCUGGUCACAAGAAGCUUCAAGAUUUAGCCCUAAACCGGAUAUCAUUUUACAGAGAUACGAUCCAACAUAUCAGGCAACAAAGCUGCAUUUUGAGGACUUGGCUAGGAGAUAUGGCAAUCCUAUAAUUGUGCUUAAUCUAAUUAAGACAGUUGAGAAAAGACCUAGAGAAAUGAUGCUGCGUCGUGAGUUUACAAAUGCUGUUGGAUAUCUUAAUCAGAUUCUCCCUGAGGAAGGCCAAUUGAACUUUAUUCAUUGGGAUUUCCAUAAAUUUGCCAAAAGCAAAUCUGCCAAUGUUUUGGCAGUUCUAGGCGCUGUGGCAAGUCAAGCACUUGAUUUGACGGGCUUCUACUAUAGUGGAAAACCUGUCAGAGUCAAAAGGUCAACUCAGAAAACUAGAUCAAGCAGUGGAAGAGAUGCCUCGCUUGGUGAAUUUAGAGCCAGUGCAGGAGAUCUAUUAAGGUUGGCUGCUAAUACUGAGGCAUUAAAUUAUCUGGCUGCUUGUGACAGGGAGAAUCUGAAGCAGCUAUGGGUUGAUAAUGGUCCUCGUUAUCAAAGUGGUGUUUUGCGAACAAAUUGCAUUGACUGUUUGGACCGUACAAAUGUUGCACAGUAUGCUUAUGGUCUUGCAGCUUUGGGGCACCAGCUUCAUGCAAUAGGUUUGGCAGAUGCGCCAAAAGUGGACCCAGACAGCAGCCUUGCUGCAGCAUUAAUGGAUAUGUACCAGAGCAUGGGUGAUGCGCUUGCUCACCAAUAUGGCGGUUCUGCUGCUCAUAACACUGUAUUCCCUGAAAGGCAAGGCAAGUGGAGGGCAACUACCCAAUCUCGUGAAUUUUUGAAGUCCAUAAAAAGAUACUAUAGCAACACGUACACUGAUGGUGAAAAGCAAGAUGCAAUAAACUUAUUUCUUGGUCACUUCCAACCUGAAGAAGGGAAACCAGCCCUAUGGGAGUUGGACUCGGACUAUUAUCUUCAUGUUUCAGGGACCGAUGAAGGCUCUGACCACAGUGUGCCCAUGGAUAGCAAUUGCAUGGAGGGGACUGCCAUGAAGCUUGCACCAAUAUCAGCCUGCAAGGAAGACUUUCAACGGAUGAAGUUGACAUCCUUUGAUAAAUUAUUGGAGACAACAUGUAGUUUUAUAAAGAAUGUGAGACUGAUCAAUGAAGAUUUAAAAGCUAGUGGUGGUGCAGGAAAUCCUGGAAUGGCACCAGAUGCAGCUGAAAUUCAGCUUAAAAGCCCGAACUGGGUUUUUGGCCAAAGGAAAUAUGAAGAUAGUGCAGGUGCACAAAAAGUGGAUUCAAAUGAAAGAUCAAAAGCCGCUAAUCAGGAAGAAUCUCUUGCGUCAUGUGAUUUCAACUUAAAGUGGCUCUUCUCUCAAGAUGAUGCAUGCAAGGAGGACAUUUUUCAAAGGUCUCUGGCGAUGACUUCAGUUGAAGCAGCUAGCUGGUAUGGUGGAAACUUAAUUUAUGAUCAAGACGUACACAGCAAUGCCUACAAACAUUAUGCUGAGCUAUGCCAGAUUAUGUCUCAAGAUCUUGAGAGCAAAAACUACAGCAACCAACUUCAAAUUGGUGCUGUCAUGGAUCCUUUUGAACAUGAUCCAGAGAAGGAAAAUCAUUAUGGAGAAGCUCUGCUCGUCGGACUGGACAAAGAUGAUUCUUUGGUCGAAGCAGAGAUGUCUGCUGCUCUCAGGGAGUACGAUCGUAUUGGCGACGAGCUCGGUAUACUCAUUUCCGGCAAAGGCUUUGCCGAAGAUCCGAGCUGGUUGACGAGGUUGAUCAUUGGAGAGGAGCGUCUAAGCAUGGAAGCUUAA